GUGACCACGAAAUGUCACGAAAAAAAUGGCGACUUGUGAACGUGGACAGUGAAUUCCCAACCUCGAAUAAAUUCAAAGGGUCUCCUGAGCUGCUUGCCAAAGUAGACUAUUUUUUUUAUUUUUUUUUUUACAUCAUUGACACUUUGGCAGGUGUCUCACCGACUAAUUGAGCAAUUAAAUUGAGUUAGUGUGGAAUCAUGGCGAGUCCUCGAACGAGGAGAGUUCUGGGUGAUCUCAAGCCCAACAACGAGAACACCAAAUGUUUCGAAUGCGGUGCUCACAAUCCCCAGUGGGUGUCUGUCACCUAUGGGAUAUGGAUCUGUCUCGAGUGCUCGGGGAAACACAGGGGUUUGGGGGUUCAUCUGUCAUUCGUUAGGUCCAUAUCGAUGGACAAAUGGAAGGAUCUCGAGCUCGAGAAGAUGAAAGUCGGGGGAAACAGAAAUGCAAGGCUCUUCUUCGAGGAUCAAUCCGACUGGGACGACUCAAUGCCUAUUUCCAGGAAGUACAAUACUAAAGCUGCUGCUCUGUACAGAGAUAAAUCUUACCAGAAGGAUACACAGAACUCUUAUCAGAAUAUGAAUAGCAGUGCUUUCAAGGCGCAGACCGAGUCUUUCUUCAAUAGAGUACAGAAUGAAAAUGCAAAUAGGCCCGACGAUUUACCACCGAAUCAAGGAGGAAAAUACAGCGGAUUUGGGUAUCAAAUGGAUGCACCACCCAAGAGCACGUCUCAAGAAUUUUUCGACACUGCUGUAUCUUCGUUGGCCAGUGGAUGGUCGGUAUUCUCAUCAACGGCAUCAAAAGUGGCGUCUAAAGCAACAGAAAAUGCUAUAAAAAUCGGAGGCAUUGCUUCCCAGAAGGUUCGAGAUGGGACUCUGUUGGAAGAUGUUGGAGCGCAAGUCAAUAACUUGGCCUCUAAGGUGGGAGACUUGGGUAGACGUGGUUGGGGAGAUAUUGCUGGCUCGAAUUCCUGUGCACAGCAUUGUGGACCACAGUACGACACCCAGGACAAUUACCAGAAUUUAGGAACGUAUCAGAGCAGUUAUCAUGGGUCAUUUCCCAAUGAAAACUCGUCACUUGUUAAUUCUAACGCAAGGGGUGGUGCAUCCGGGACUAGCUCUCCAACUCAAGAUUGGGACUGGGAAAACCCAUCGAAGCCCUCGAAUGGCAGUUCUCCGAAUUCGAAACAAUCAACAAAAAAAACGAGAGAAAAGAAGGUGAAAGAAGCUCCCCUCAUCGAUUUUGAUGCAAAAACCGACGUGAAAACUUGGAACACGACUUCAAAAGCCGAAGAAGAUGCCUGGGAAAUCCUGAAGGAUUAACUACAACUAACUCUGAUUAUUUCACUCAUUAAUUAUGCAAAAUUUGAAUAGUAAAUUUUACCGAAAUAUUAAAGUUAAGUAUCAAAGGAAUAACGAAAGAAAGCCAAGAAUUGCUGAAGUACAGAGUUGCCUAGAAUUGUACAUAAAUUUGAUCGGAGUAAUUGUUGCAUUGAAAAGUUAUAAUCAUUCCUCCACAGGGAAGAUCAGACGUUCAUAAGAUUUUAUUUUACCCAAAGGAUCAUCAUACCUGAUUCCACGCACACAAUCCUGUUUAAUUCACUGCCCAUCCACAGAUAUAAGUAUCAUACGCCUAUUAUUCCACUACUGUUUACGUUAAUAUGGAUAAAUUAUUGAACGUUCAGUUAUUCCAAUUCAUUUAAUUGUAAUUACCAAUUAUAUAUCGAACAAUAGUUCAUAUGCGAGAUUAAAUAUUGAAGUGAAUAAAUGAUGAAUCAGUUCAA